AUGACUAGGGAUGAAACAACAUUUGACGAUCAACCGGUUGCCGCAUUUCCAAUCUCAGGAGCUGGCAGGAAGACCAAUUAUACUCUAGUCGAACGUGGGCACGACCAUCAUGAAGGUGACACGCCAAUCAAAAACUUACUCGGCCAUGGAAUGGGCUUAGGUAUUCUCGGAGACUCAAAUGAAGAAGAUGACGAUGCAGAAUUUACCGGAGGCUGGGCAACGUACUUUACCCAAAAUCAAAUCGCAGGAGCAUGCGGAAAGGUCCACCAAGAUACCGAUGUGAUCGUGGCUCUGGAUUAUCGGCGGUAUGGCGCGUUGAACAAAGUGUCGAAGUAUUGUGGCAAGAAAGUCAGGAUUACGAGCGGGGACAAAACGAUUGAAGCGACAGUCGCGGAUGCCUGUCCGACUUGCUUGAACCACAACUGCCUGGAUCUGAGUGAAGGAGCAUUCAAAAAGUUGGGCGUCACCGUUCAAGAAGGCAUGAAGCCAAUAACAUGGAAGUUCAUUGAUUGA